AGCAGUCAUAGUACACACUGUGACGCUCUUUUCCUUUUUUCCCGAUCGAGGGAGCUGACGAGAACAAGGCUUAAAAUUCUCAAUAGAGAAACGUGUUAAUUAGCGUCACUUGAUUAUUUUUAGUACAGACGUUUGUUACGCAUUUAGGACAAUGCUGAGCAUGUGCAUUGAAUACAAAAAACAACCAUUGUUUGAGCGAUUCCCAUUCACCGUGCACUUUGGACCGAAGACGACUUUGCGACCACGUCGAUUUAGAACGUGUACCUUGGUGUCAUCGCAGUCACGUGCGUUUACACAACCCGGAACAAGAAGGAUAACGCAAUGUUGACACCUUCCGACAAGUAACUAGCUGUUCAGGUAGACAGUCGAAUGGAUUAAAGUAAUUUAGUCAGUUGAAAAUAAGAAUAAAGCAUGCACUUUUAGGCCACCAAAGGCAAGGUCAAAGCUUUAUAACAGACAUCAACAGCACCGAGUGGACUAUGCACUACUUUUUCCUCUCAGGUUUUGCCGUUCUGUUUUCAUUUGGAUUUGUGAGCCGUGUGUGUGCCACUAUACAAGACCGUGAGCCAGAAACACCAGACUGGCGAAUGACUCUAAAAACUAUCCGGAAUGGGAUUCAUAAGAUAGACACAUACCUUAACGCAGCACUAGACUUGUUUGGAGGAGAAGACGGGUUAUGUCAUUACAAAUGCAGCGACGGUUAUAAGCCAGUGCCUCGUCGUGGUUACAAGCCACCCCCACCUAACGGAUGUGGAUCUCCUAUGUUUGGAGUUCAUUUUGAUAUCGGCAUUCCGUCCGUGACCAAAUGCUGUAACCGACACGACCGUUGCUAUGACACGUGCGGGAGUGUCAAGCACGACUGUGAUGGGCAAUUCCAUGUCUGCUUGGAGACCAUCUGCAGGAAUGUGCAGAGGACGCUGGGAUUGUCCCAUAGUGUGCAAGCCUGCGAGUCGGCGGUCAGCCUGCUGUUCGACGCGGUGAUGCACCUGGGCUGUAAGCCGUACCUGGACAGCCAGAGAGCUUCCUGUAUGUGCCUCUACGAGGACAAGCUGGAGCUGUGAAGUGCUCCCCGGCGUGGGACUGUGGAAUCGACACCCGGUGACAGACACUCGUCUUCCUCUCAGGGCAACUCAGCGACGCCCGAGGCGAACGCGGGUCGCUGAGGGAGAUGUGCGGUCAACACGGUUGCCAGGGGAGACGUGACAUGGACCUGAUGUCCACAUCACAAGCAUCAGCAUCCGUAUCUCCUCUCCGUGAUGUAAACUUAAUAAGUCUGCAGGGAUGCGUAGUUUCUAUCUCACUAAUUCACCAGCUUUUUUUGGUGCAUUUACCAUUUUGUGGAAAAUCUCUUGCCGUUUUCCUUUGCACUUUGAUCCGCUAGUUGUCUAAAAUGGGAGGGCCCCCUUUUUCUGUUGCCAACAAAUGUGACUCCCGUGGUGUGUUUGGUGUGGGAGGAGUCAAACGCCCUCCGACAUCCUCUGAUUGGCUAAGCCGUGUUCCUGCGUUGUCAAUGCCAGCAGAAAAAAUGCAAACGGUCUUCCACAAUCUUCCGCUCUCCACCACGUGAGUGGUCAGUGGCCGCUUACAGAAAGGUGGUGUGGAAUGGCUGGAAGAAUGUUUUUCACGUUUCCACGGCAACUUGAUGGAAAGCGAUGUGUUGUCGAACGGGCAGAUUUUCCACAGAAGUGUGAACUCGCGCCAGGUGAGCUGCUUUCAGGAUCAUGUCUACUGUUUUUAUUCUUUUGUUAUUUUGAGUUCCCCCUUUAAAAAAAUAAUAAUACAAGUGAUGAAAAUAAUGAAUGUAACAGUCUUUUGUAAAUGCAGUUUCUUAACUUUAUAGCAGUUUAUAAUCUUUAUAUCUUUAUAGUACUGUAUAUGUCAUCAUGUGAAAUGAGACUACUGACCACUUUGGCACAGACCACAUGUGAGCACCUGUUUUUCCUGGUAUUGGUCAUUAAAAGUGUUGAUUUAUGAUGAAAC